UGUCCCAUUUAGCAAUCCGUACGUGUAGUUUGCUCAUACGUCAGCCAUGAAGAUGACGGAGGAAAACAGUCCUGAUAAAUUCACUGUUACAACGGAAGAUGUUCAGCGUCUGAUUAAAAAGAAAGAUGAAAUCGAGGAGCAGAUUAAAGCGUACUACGAUGUGUUAGAAGAUCAAGGCAAUGUGGGCAUGCACGCCUCUCUAGUGGACGCGGAAGGCUUUCCACGCGCAGAUGUGGAUUUGUUCCAGGUCCGAACAGCAAGGCACAGCAUCUCAUGUUUGCAGAAUGAUCACAAAGCGAUCAUGGUGGAGAUUGAAGAGGCCCUUCAUAAACUGCAUGCUCUGGAAAGAGCAAAGCGAGAGCAGGACCAGGCAGAAGCACAGGUGGAGAGAAUGGAGCAGGAGGUGUCGUUGCCUCCACCUUUUGCCCGUGUGGAUGCUGUGACUCAGGGAUCCCCUGCUUACCAGGCGGGUCUGUGCGUUGGUGAUGAGGUUGUUGAGUUUGGUUCAGUGAACCCGAGCAAUUUCCACAACCUGCAGAACAUUGCAACUGUGGUGCAGCACAGUGAGGGGAAAUCCGUCAGCGUCUCUGUCAUUCGGAACGGACAGAAAGUUCGCCUCAGCUUAACUCCACAGCGCUGGUCUGGGAGAGGCCUACUGGGGUGCAACAUUGUUCCUAUUCACAGAUGAUUGAGACGAGAAAAGCUCACAACUCUUUCAAACCAAUGUCACUGAGUGGCUGAAGACAUUCUGCAUUUUCAGUAUAAUGUGCUGAAGACAAGUUUACUUUUAAAUUCCUUAUAACUCAAUUCCUGUACUCCGAGAACACAAUUGUGCAUUCAUGAACUGGCGUGACAUAAAAAAAUUUAUUCUAGUAAACCAUGAAUAAAUAAAUCUUGUUUUUUCAUCAUAUUGUGUUUACAGAAUUUCAAAUGAGGAAUUAAAAUGUAUUCUUCCUGUUAUAAAUUAAAUAUAUUAAAUAUUUUCUGA